AUCGCGAUCGCUGGCGACCGACUGUGGGGGGGCCUUCAAUGAUACCACCCCUUUUACUCCUCGGGUUCGCGGCGCUCGAGCCAGCGGUACCACACGCUGAUGUGGCCCAGUUCGCCGCCGGCCAAGGCCCAAGCGCACUCUCGCCGCUGCUGCGCCACCAAGGCGCCGACGCGCCGCCACGCUCGCGGGCGCACGCCGCUACAGCCGCUGUGCAGGUGCAUGUCGACUGCAGCCCGACGGUAGCGCGCGGUGGCAGCGGCGCCACCGCCGCCGACCCGCUCCCCGACGUCGCUACUGGCCUGCGCCGCGCGCGCGCGCUUGGCGCGGCUCGCGGCACGGCGGCGGAGGUGCGCAUAGCACCGGGCGUCUGCUUCCUCUCCGAGCCCCUGGGCAGCAGCGCCUUCGGUGGCGGCGGCUCUGCGGCUGCGCCUCUGCUGCUCCGCGGCGCCGGCCCCGCGAGUGUGCUGAGCGGCGGCGCGCCGCUGGCGGGCUGGUCGCCCGUCGCUGACGCUGACGGCGCGCGGCUCGCCAACGGUUGGCCGGCCGGCGCUGUUCUCGCUGCGGACGCCCGCGAGUGGCCCGUGGAGAUCAAGGGCGUGCGGGCGGGCGGCGCGCUGCUCAACCGCAGCCGCUUCCCAGCGCUGCAUGGCGAUGGGCUGGACACGCCCAAUUGGCUCUUUGCGCAGGCGUGGUCGGUGCCGGGCAACGCGAGUGCACCGGGCCGACACGCGGCGUGGAUCGGCAUUGACGGCGCCAAGCUGCGGCCCCCCCCUACCGCACGGGCCGACCCGAUCUCGGCGCUUCUCGGCGCGUACACGCACGUGCUUGGCUGCGGCGAGGCGGACGUCAACUCGCAGCUCACCAAGGUUGUCGCGGUGCGCAACGGCAGCGCGACUGCGCCGCCCUCGGCGCUGCCCUCGGCGCUGCCAGUGCCGCCCUCGGCGGCGGCGCAGGACGGCCCCGCCCUGCAGGUCCUCUUUCGGAACACGUUCACAGUGCACCAGCGCUUCUUCCUCGAGAACGUGGGCUGGGCGCUCUCGCCGGGCCACUUCUUUCACGACGAGGCGGCGGGCGUGCUGUACGCGUGGCCGGCGGACGCGGCGCAGCGGGCGGCACUGAUGGGAGGCGAGGCGGUGGUGCCGGUGCUCGAUCGGCUGGUGGACCUCAACGGCAGCUCGCACGUCGUUGUCUCGAACCUCACGUUCGCGGACACGACCUACUACGCCGACGGCUUUUGGGACGGGCCCGCGAUGCAGCCGAGCGACGCGGCCGUGAGGCUGAGCUACUGCCACGACGUCACCGUCGAGGCCUGCAAUUUCCUCGCUUCGUGUGGAGGUCACGCCGUGGCGGUUGGCAACGCGAGCCGCGAUUGCGCGAUCGUCGGCAAUCUGGUGGAUGGCGUGGGCCAGGGCGGCGUGGUGCUCUAUGGCAAGGACAGCGCCACGCCGCUGCCGCCAAACCCAAAGCGGGGCACGGCGGGCGGCAACAACUCGCAGCCGCGCCGCGUCAACGUCGCGCACAACGUCAUGCAGGACCUUGGCCGCGUGCUUGUGCACGUCGCCGGCGUGGCUCUACGCUCGGCGUCGGGAUGCGUCGUCGCGCACAAUCGCGUGCAGCGGUGCCCGCGGUACGGCCUGCAGGCGGACUCCUUCUACACGACGCAAAACUCGCUCGACAACGUCUUCGAGUUUAACAUCCUCGCGGACACGAACCGGCUGACGACCGACACGGGCGCGAUCGAGAUGCUCGGCAGCGGCAACCCCGGCCUCUGCGGCAACGGCUCCGCGGGGUGGUUCACAAACAACACCGUCCGCUUCAACAACAUCUCGCACACCGUCGGCUCGAGCAGCAGCGAUGGCUCACACGUCUGCGUGCACGGCGCGGGGGGGCCUCCGGGCAGCUGCCGCGGCCUAGUCUGGGGCGUCUACCUCGACGGUGGCAUGAGCGGCGCGACGGUCCACGGCAAUGUCAUCGGGGCGACGCUGCACGGCGCCGUCUUCGACAACGCCGGAGGCAACAACUCGAUCACCAACAACGUCUUUGUGGGCGGCGCGGGCUCGUCCGUGCUGAUGAACUUCGGCACGGCUGGAGGCCCCGCCAACCCCGACCCUGUGAGCGGUGUCGUGCCGAGCCGCGACAUCGCGGGCUCGACGGUAAAACGAAACAUCUUCUACUUUGGUGCGGGCAUGGGUGCGGAUGGCGGCGUCGCGGGCAGGGCGGCGGCGGUCGCGAGCAUGGUACCGUGGCAAGACGAGGAGCUUAAGAACAACGGCUCCAACUUCAACCUCUUCUUCGCCGAGGAGUUCGACGCCGCCGCCGUGCCGCUUUUCCCAGGCGGCCGCAACCUCACCUCGUGGCGAGCGGGCAAGGCGCCGCCGCCGCUGCUGCGCUGCGCCGACGGCGCCAGGGCGAGCCUAGUACUGUCCGAGGACUGCAGCUGGGCGUGGGAGUUGCGCGCCGACGGGGACGAGGCUGGAGUGCGGCUCGCGCCCUCCGCGGCCACGGUGGCGGCCAGGCCGUUCGCCGCCGGCGUCGUGGUGAGCAUCGACUGCGAGGGCGACUGGGUGCACUGCUCGGACCCGGCCGGCGCCCGGACGCGCGUGUGCAUGGACGCGCCCCACGGCGCACUUCCCGUGCGGAACCAGGCGUGGUCGCUCGGCGCCGACGCGACGCUCAGGCAGCUCGGUGGCGGAGCCUGCCUGCAGGUGUGCGUGCGCGGCGGGGACGUCGGAGGAUGCAACGGGAAGGCGGGCUCGAUCCUGCAGCUCGCCGCGUGCACCGGCGCAGACAACCAGCGCUGGUCGCUGGGCAACGGCACGGCGCUGCGCCCUCUCGGCAGCGCGAGCAAGGACGAGCACUCCAUCGUGGCCGACCCGCUAUUCGUCAACCCGUUGCGCGGCGACUUUCGCUUGGCGGCUGGCGGCCGCUCCUCGGACGUGCUGCAGAUGUGA